GUCCUUAAUGACGUCACAAGUCGAAACACCGUCGUUUUGGUGUCGGUUUCGUAAAGGAAAGAAAAAAAAUUUCAUUUGACGCGAUAGAGAAAACGAAAAACAGCGAAGGCGAAAAUUGGCGAUUCGAGAUCGUGACAAAUUCUGAGGUGUCGACUUGCCGGGGGUUCCAGACGACGCUGUCCACCACAGAGUCGACGCCGUUAGGCAAAAUGUGGUGUUUUCCUCUGCAGUGACUUUCAACGACGGCUACGAGAAGGAGGGCGUGCGUGAGUACUCCGGAACCGCCGGUUUGGGAUGUGACUGCUGCGAGAUCACCGGCGUGGAGGCCAAGAUGAAAGAUGGAGUCUUGAGGAUGAUUCUCUCAAGGGUCAAGGUGAAGGACCAUGACAAGAAGUGUACUCACACUGUGCCUCCUUUCACAGGUAAAUCUGGAGGACGCGUGGAGGAGCAUCCGUUUGUGGUGAAAGGUCGAAAGCGAGCCUUCGUUGGAGAACCGACAGCUGAUGGUGGUCUUUUCUUCGCAGUGGAUGUACCUGGUGUUGGUAAUGGUGAUGUUGAAGUGCUUGCUAACGAGAGUGAAGUUAAGUUCACUGCUGAGGUCAAGAAUGUGUUCGAGCACGAUGAAAGUGGACGUCUUUACCUUGGAAGUGUCGACACUUCUUGGUCUGACUCUUCUGCAGCUUCGCUUUUGAGUCACAACAUCACCGCUUCUGUGAACUUUGGUGUUCUCAAGGUUCUCAUCACCCCUCGUCGUCCCAACACCACCACCACCAACGAGUAAUCUAAUUCUCUCCACUGCGUUUUAUUGUCACCUAUCUAUCCCUUUUGUUUUAUGAGUACUUGGAUUGACUAGUCUUGUGCGUUUUAACUUGUUGAGAAUUAAGACUCUUGUUUGUGUUGGUUCUGCAUUUGUGUUUGCUAUGGAACUUAGUGAUUCAUGUCACUUGUUUUCUCAA